GUGAUAGUGCCAAAGUGUAAGAAUGAGCCUCUUGGUGUGGUCAUUGUGGAGUCUGGGUGGGGAUCUAUGGUUCCAACAGUUGUCCUAGCCAAUAUGCUACCCAAUGGUCCAACUGCUCGCUGCGGUCAGCUGAACAUUGGUGACCAAAUCAUCUCUAUCAACGGUAUCAGCCUGGUCGGACUACCGCUCACUGUCUGUCAGACGUAUAUUAAGGCGUCACGACCUGAGUCAGUAGUCAAACUAACAAUCGUGCCAUGUCCACCCGUGGUAGAGGUCAUCAUAAAAAGACCAGAUGUUAAGUACCAGUUAGGAUUCAGUGUCCAGAAUGGGGUG